GAGUAAGGGGAGUGGGAGUUUACUGCUAGGAACCUAGGAUUUGCUGUUGCGGUGGGUGGAAGUUCGAUAUUGCGUGUGUUUUGGAGAGAGAUGAGAUGCCAUGUGGCGGCACACUAGUAUCUUAAGUACUUUGGCGCUGGUACAAUACACGCAAGGCUUGUGGUUCUCAUCGACAGUGACAUGCUAUAUUUUCGCUCAUUAAAUCUCGUACGCAGAGUUUUACGCAUCGGAAAUGGAAAUGGAAAUGGAAAUGGAAAUGGAAAUGGAUCGUCUGCUAGGUUGUCCCACUUGGGAUGACGUUCAAAGGCUAGACCCUUUUAUCUAUCGUUUCCUCGUCAAUCCCUUCGCCAGUCACUGCCAUCGUAUACACCUAACUCAACAAAACAAAAGGGACAAUUGCCCUACUGGGCAAAGCUUACAUCAAGUAGGGGUAGCAUUAUUUGAUGCCAGCAGUAGUGGGAUGCAAAGGCAGACGGAUGAAAGCAAGCAAUUGGCAGAUGGCGAGCUACAGCAAUGAGAAAGAAGUCUGAUAUUGGAAUCAUUAAUUGAUUGAGCGACAUUCACGAAUCACCAUGCCAUUUACCAGUCCAAUAGCAUGGAUGGAUAUCUUCAUCCAGCGUGCCCGUUGCUACCUCACUCGUAGAAUCAAUCAACAGCAGCCCGGCACCCCUCUUGCCCCUCGCACACCCUUUCCACCCUUUCCACCCUUUCCACCCCUUCACUUCAUAUCACGCCUCCUUCCCCAAAGCAAGCUCCAGCCGGCCCAGGCAUUACAUUGCAUUCAUCCUGGUCUCACCCCAUUGAGCGUGCUCGCCUUGCAAAAAGAAACUAUUAUCCCACCUUACAUUACGCUUUCUUCCCCUUGUCAACGUAGUGAACUAUUUCCAACUUCAAAACCCUUAGCUACCCACAAAAGCAUUACAUCGCCUAUUCUCGGGUGGUUGGCACCGGGUAACUGGGCACGAAAGCUUUCGUGGACACUGAAUAGUGAACACUGCACCGACAUUGCACACUCGAAUCUUGAAUCGCGAAAAGGGCGCUGCUACGCGGAAGAGAGACAGCGGAGAGACGAGCCAAACAACGCCGGUCUUGGAAGGGUAUACGACAGCAAUCCAACAUCUAACAUCUAACAACCAGCACACUAGCAUCCUGAGCCUUGCAACUCGACCGCAUCUUCUUCAUCUUCAACGGCUUUCGAAUGCGCCGUAUCAAGUAGCACAGGCACUGUACAAUUGAUUCCCUCCACACACUCCAAGUCACGAAGGCACGGGUUAGUACUUCCAUUUUUUUCUGGAUACCUACUUGCAUGAACCUUCUUUUUACCUUUUACCCUUUGCCUUAAUCUUCACCUAUCAAGCUGCCACCUCGAUCCUCGUCGUGCUCCUUGGGCUCUAACCCCAAAGUUUGUGAAGUUUGCUUGACGAUUCACUGUUUUCCCGUGGCGACAUAUCUUCUUGAUUUUCAAAGCGUUUCCCCCGCUUCCGAAGGUCGAAAGAUCGAAUCUACUGGGUGAUCAAGGAAAGAAAAUCAAAGCAAGCUGGCAUAAAAUUAGGUUAGAGUCUGAGAGCCUUUUCACAUUUUCGCAUUUUCACAUUUUGAAAUUGAAAAGGAGACGAGAGAGGGGGCAACAAUAAGUUUGGAGUGGAGUGGUUUUGAACGUUUGGACGGGUUCAAGGUUGUUUUUUCGGUUUCUUCUUUUCUUUCCCUUUUGAACAAAUGAUUGAUUGAUUGAUUUGAUCGUAUUGGCUGUGGUGGAGAGAGACUCGGAAAAGGGACAUUUUAACUUUUCUAGCAUUAUCAUAAUCACAUCUCUACUAUAUCAUCAGGAUCGAUUCAAGGACGGCAGCAGCAGCAACAACAACAACAACAACCCACCGCAAGAACGCAAGUAAGCAAGCAAGCAAGAAAGAGCAUUUCUGCACAAAUCUCACUCGCGCCUUGGUCAUUACACGAUUAAACGACUGGUUCGGGAUUAUUGCCUGCUUGCUUGCCUGUCUGCUCUGUUUUGCCUGCCUCCUUUGCACAUCCAUUUCUUUCUGUCCCUCUCUCCAUCUCUGUUCCUUUAUAUUGUGUUGUAUAUUGUAUGAUGCUUACUUGCCUAUACAUCCAUUCUAUUUCUACUGCUAUUUGCGCCAUUGGAUCGUUGAUGCUUUGAUUUAGAUUCCCCCCUCUCGUCCGCACUCUCUUUCUUACUCUUCUACUCUCUCUCUCUCUUCUCUUGUGCUCCUCCUUCUCUUCUCUGCUCUUCUUUCCUCUCCUCUCUCCUUCUAACAACCCGUAUCGCAACAGAAGAAAAGAAAACGCGCCAAGAGAUCCUAGAAAUACAAACAUACAUACAUAUACACACACAUACAUCCACACCUACUCACCCACCUGCUGCAUACAUACACACACGCAAUCCCAAAGGCAUCCUGAGCUCUGAUUCGACCCGUUUGCCGUACCUUACUACUCUCGCACUACUCGCACACUACGCAACGUACCGUGCCCACUCCCGCUCUUUGCUAAGGUGCAAGGCAAGUAAGUACGUACCAGGUUACUCUUAGAUCCAAACCCCAAACCCAAAACCCAAAACUCAAUCUAAACGAACAUAUUACCUGGGUGCAUAUUGCCAUCCCACCUUCACGCACGCGAACGAACGAACGAAAGAAGGAAAGAAAGACAGGAAGAAAGAAGGAAAAAAAGAGGGAAAAUUUGCAAGAGAAACGAGAAACGAGAAACGGAGAAAACGAAGAAAGCAGCUCAGAAUCCUUGACUCCCUGAACAUCCUAGCCCUUAGCUUCCGCCCGCCUCAGCUAUUAAAGUUUGCCAUUGACAAACCACCCCCCAAGCAUCCCAGAUAACCUAACCACUUAUUAUUUGUCCAAUUAUCCAUUUAUUUAUUUAUUUACCCAUUCAUUUAUUGUUUAUUAUUUAUUAUUUAUCCAGUUUUCUCUCACGUCGAAAAGCCCCCUCGAGGAUUUAUUAUUCAUAAAUUCUUUCUCAGCAGCAAAGACUGGAAAUUAACCCAGAAGGUUGCAUUGCAGAGCAGAUCUCCAACUCUGCUUGAAAGGGUUUAAUCUACAUCCAAGGUAAUACCGGUUUACCAUACCAUCUAACCUUCACUACUCAGUCGCGCGGCAUUCGUUACAUCACACACAUGAUUACCUACACGUCAGUCCGUAAUACAUACUUGCGCAGAUGAUUCUCCACUGAACUCUGCUACGCCUCUGUGUUCUCCCUCGAACCUGUAAGAAGCCGCCGCGCUCAACCGCAGUCGAUGGCCUUAGCUGUUGUGGUCACUUAACUUUUGUAUGAAUCGCAAUGAUGGACAAUGGUCAACCAGAUCCAAAGCGACCAAGAUUAGGACCCGGUCCUCCUUGGCCGAUCGAGCAGCCCAAUCAGCCCAACCCUUCCAGGGCCCUUCCUCCUUUACAACCUCCCUAUAAUAGCGGUCCCUUCUCUCGUCCCGACCCUCACGCCCACCCCCUCGAUAGACGACCACCCCACCCCAACUUUCAAGAACAUCAAGACCCUCAUCGCCCUAACUCAGGACAUGCGCAUGUUUACCACAACAUACAUAAUCAACACCCACCACCACCUCCCAUACCUUCAUACAAUGGACACAAUGGGCACAAUGGUCCUCGAGAACCCGUCGUGAAGCCAGACCCUUCAGAAGAACCUCCACAACAUAGGCCACCACCGACAACCAAUGGCACAGAUCAUCAUGUAAAUCUACCUUACGUUGAAGAAAGAGGAAGACCUUUUCCACCAAGAUUCGAUCAACCUCCACCUCCGCAGCAUACUCCGCAACACACUCCGCAGAUGUAUAAUAAUAACCCCGCUCCUCCCAUGUAUCAACCUCAACCCCCACCUCCCUCUACAAGUCCGAUGACGACACCGACAUUCGAUGGAGCUAUGUCAAUGUAUGGUCCACCACAAAGUCAUCCCCAUCCUCCACCUCGGGAACAAUAUUCGGUCACACCUUAUUCUCAACCUGCAAAGCCUCGGAAAGCGCAACGCGCGGCUCAGGCAUGCGAUAGCUGUCGCAAUUUGAAGGCAAAAUGCGACGAAGGACGACCGGCUUGUGGUAGUUGUAAGGAGAAGAAUUUUGAAUGUCAUUAUCGAGACCCACCACCCAAACCAAUUGAUAAAGCCUCCACGGACAUCAUCGAGGCCUUGAUACGAUUGGAACACCGUAAUGCAGAGUUAUUCAAUGUUUUGCAGACAGGUCUCGAAUCAUUGAACAAACGAGUGGACGAAUUGCAGGAAAGAGUUGGAGCCGGCCGGCCUAUAUCAAGUAUCGAGGGGCACAUGAAAGAAGAAGGGAGAGACGAUGUUCAACUACCUGACGGUGAAUUUGGAACAUUUCAUGGCUCGAAUCCGAAUAUUCUUCAUGAUACCACGCCUAUAGAUCAGCCAGUAGUAGGUCCAGUACAGCCACUCGAAGGAUCCACGCCAGGUGCACUCGAAGAGGAGGAGGAGGGCGAUCCUGUGCCACCCGGGCAGCCAUUAAUCCCAGUGAAUCAUACGACGGGCGCAGCUAGGCUUUUGCUAGUCCCUUCUGUGAAAGAAAUGAUAAACGGUGGAGGGGGCUUACCCAAGAACGUGAAGGACGAAAAGUAUCCGAUGCUGCAAGAAGAACGACGUGGACUUCUAAGAUUAUUCGGAAGAGGAGAAGGAAUUGAUUUAGCUCAAGGCUAUGAUAGAGACCCUAUGACGGAUCACGCUGAUUCUACAGUCGAUACAAGUUCGGAUGUCUCUUCUCCGGCAGGUGAAGAAUGGGGUCAAUUGGGUGGUAUGACACCACCAUCCAGUGCGCCAGAUUAUCCUCCACCAGUCGUAGGCAGUAUUAUGUCGGAUGGGAUGCCUGAUUUCCGAAAAAGUGUAGUUUUGGAAUUGGUUAAAAGUUACAAGGAACACAUGAAUAUCAUGCAUCCAAUUCUGAUACCGAGGCGACUGGAUGCUCUGGUCGAGUCAUUUCUCAAAUCCAUUCCAUCGGAUUCCGCGAAACCAAAGCAAGUUCAGAACUUGGCUUCACAACAUACCAGUCAUGCUGGUUUCGUGAGUAUGAAACCGCCAGAGAGUCCAGGGAGCAAGCGGAAAAGAUCGCCGGGAGUUGGAGAGCCACCAGAAAUCUCAGUCGCUGGCGGUUACGGGACGUUCGUCAAGCCAGGCCAUCCAAGUCGGUCAAUCAGUACAGCUUUAGUGCUGGUGGUAUUAGCACUCGGCAAGAUUUGUCAAGAAAGACAGAAAAUCCCCGAGCUUCCUUCCGACAAAGAUAUUGAAAAUCCUUGGGGUCAUAUCAAUUCUCCAGUUGUACGAAAUGGCCAUCCAUCCCCUAUUCAAAGCUCCCCAACCCAGUCUUCGGAAUUACCAUCACCUCAGGACAACAUUGAUCGAUUCUAUCCCCGCAGCCGAAGAACUUCAAUAGAAGGCGAUUCAUACCUGGCAAGAAGUGGCUUCCGACCUAGGAAUGUGGAUGUUAUUCCUGGUUUGGCAUAUUUCGCACUCGCUACGGACAUUAUUGGGAAUCAACUUGGCGGAAACAGUCUACAGCAUGUCCAUGUGAAUAUUCUAGCUGGUCUUUAUCACGGACAACUUUCAAGGGUUUUAGAAAGUCAUUCGUACAUUCAUCAGGCUUGUAGAGCUUUACAGGUUAUCUUGAGACCGAAACUAGAUCGCUUUAAAAAGUUAAAGCAAGAUGGGCUUCCCGUGCUAGCAAAGGACAAUCCGCUAAUUUUCGCAUUUUGGACGUGCUUACAACUUGAAAGCGAUAUUGUAGCAGAGUUACCAUGCCCACAUUCCGGCAUUCUUACGUUUGAAGAGAACAUGCCAAGUCCAAAUAUAGUUGAAGCCGUGAAAGAAGGUUUCGAUCAGAUGGUUCUAUUGAGUUAUCAAGGUCAACUUUACCUACGCAAGCACCUUAAUCAAUUGCACAACAUGUUCUACAAACCCGAUAAUGACUCUCAAUUUCCUUCUGUAUAUACCCGCCAUGAUCCCAACCAUUUCGAAUCAAUAGCCACCGCAGAAGAAUUUCUUUAUCGAUGGAAAGAAGCUGGAGGCACAAGUACCUGGCAAGAAAAUGACCCUCCUGCGAGCGACAUUCUCACGGCGCGAAUGAGAGCCAAGUACUACGGUGCUCAGGUCAUCACUUACAGGAAUUUCGUUCUGAAGAUCUUGGAACAUUCACACGCGGUUUCGGUUUCAGCCUCAACCCCUGCAGAACGCGCCUCGGAUGAAUUUCGAAAUGGCAUUGAGGUACCGAGCAUCAAUAAACACGCGACGUCAGCAGAAGAAAUCGACGAGAAAGCAUUGGCCUAUGCAAAAAAUGGUAUCCAAGCCCUGGUUAAUAGCACCAGGGCCUUUCAUGGUCUAGGCGAGGGUAGACUUUUCGUCACGAACCCAUGGGGGACUGCACAUGCGCAAUGGGGCAAUGUGCUUACUCUCCAAGCAGCAUGGAACGAUAAUAUCCUCCGACCAUUAUUUGACGGAAUUCUUGAUAAGCAAGGGCUCAGCGACCUUCUCAAGAGAACUCUUAGUUUCCUUGGGAUUGUAGCAACACGAUCAUCGGCUCUCUAUACCGAUAUGAAAAUCCUGGUCAAUGCAGGAAAAUACACUGGUCUACUCGAGAAAGACUAUCAGCUUCCGAAGAGUUUGCGUAAGAAACCGUUAAAGUUGAAGCAGGAGAAGUCGAACUUCUCGGAUGCUUCGGCUUGAUAUUUGUAAUAUCAAAUCUGAAGAAUCUGGAAGGGGAAAUGCGUAUACAAUUUUGUUCUCUUUCGAGAAGAGAACGAUACAGUCGCAUACUCGCAAUUUAUAUACGUCAUAUACAUCUACCUAUAUUACUUACCUCUCUAAUAUACCUACCUACCACAUCCAAUAUCUUAUGUCUAUCAUAGUUGGAAUCAUUUUUAUUCAUUGUUUGGUUUGGGAAGUCAGUCAGGUCAUAUUGGAAUGGCAUUGACUUUGACUUUGGCUGUUUAUGGGCGGUUAAAUCAUGUCGUUGCAUUUACAAAAAUAUGGUUGCGUUGCGAUUGGUGCGAAGGGCAAGCGUCUUGAUCGCAUCUCAUGUUGAUAUCCAUCUUUGUCUAUCUUAUCAUGGCGGCUCAAGCGGAUCUUGAAUGUCUGGAGACUGGGAAGGAAAGGCUCUUUGCGUUAACAUUGCGUGGAUGUGAAUGGGUACCGUAGGAUAUAUUAAAUACCGUUAGCUACUAGCUAGUGAGUAUCGUACAUACACACAUACAUACAUAUAUAUACCUGCAUGCAUUUUGAAAUCGGUCGAGGCGAUAAUUAUUUUUCAAAAGGCAUUGUCUUUGUUUUGAGAGAGAGAGAGAGAGAGAGAGAGAGAGAGCGCGCGUAGGAUUUGUGCUUUGUGCUUUUUAUUGAUUGGGCGUAUUAUUUUGUUGUUAUUAUCACCAUCAAUAUCAUCUUGGUAGAAGCAAGCUAGCAAAUGCAAGCAAGCGGGAACGAGCAAGCGAGCAAGUAGCAUUAUUAUUAUUGUUGUUGUUGCUGUUGUUGUUGUUAUAUAAUAACAUAUUAUUAUUAUCUAUCUGUUAGGAAUUUUGAUUAGAUGGUGCUUUUGCUUUAUUCUCAUUGUAUAUGUAAAUGUACGUGUAUAGACGAUAGGUUCGUACGAAUGCCGAUAAAUUGUAUAUAUAGGGAAAUAGCCGACAUGCAUCAUUCAUUGAUUUUCCUCGGAUAUGUAUGUAUAUAUGGAUAUGGACCAGCUACAUGUAGAUGUAGACACAUGCGAGACGGCCACGGCCACGACCAAUGCUACAAUAUCAAUAUCAGUUACCUGCACAACUAAUAACUAUACACUGUGUGCCUGUUUUCUGGAUCACACUUACACAUAAGAAUGUCACUUUCGUGGGCCAGAAAUACUUUUCAGAGGGCGAGAACUUUGUAGAGAUGCCCAUUGUCCCAAGAUGGAAAGUGCAAUGGGAAUAAUCGUUCCGGCAAUAACACGGAAAAGUCGAUUCGGAAAAACGGCA